UUUACACCUCGAUAAACAAAGGAAUCGGUGUUUGGGGGGUCCAGGAGACACCUGGAGAUGUCCAGGUGCUAGAAAAUAGUCUGAUUGUGGAGUAAAACGAGUUGUUGGACCAACAUAACCUCGAAAAUCGCAGCUAAAAGGGAUUUGUAAUAAAAAUAUCAACAUGUGGCGAGUUACGUUAACAUCCCUUCUGGUGAUGACAUCACUAGCUCCCCAGGCCCUCGCCCUGAGGGAGGGGGACUGCGAGGUUUGUGUGGCGACAGUCAAAAAAUUCGACGCCAUCUUGACUGACGACAUCAAAAAGGACACGAAGUUGAUCGAGAACGAGUUCAAGAAGUUCUGCAAAGGGACAAAGUCCAAGGAAAACAGAUUCUGUUAUUAUCUAGGGGGUUUGGAGGAAUCAGCAACUGGAAUUCUAGGGGAAUUGAGUAAACCUUUGUCCUGGUCACUGCCAGCUGAUAAAAUAUGUGAAAAAUUGAAGAAAAAAGACGCACAAAUAUGUGAUUUGAGAUUUGAAAAACAAAUUGAUUUGAAUACCGUAGACUUGAAAAAACUCAAAGUCCGGGAUCUCAAGAAAAUUCUUAAUGACUGGGACGAAAACUGCGAGGGGUGCAUUGAAAAAACCGACUUCAUCAAGCGAAUUGAGGAGCUGAAGCCCCAGUACUCGAGCCCAUCGAAAUCCGAACUAUGAAGACUUGAUUAAAUUAAUAAUUUCAUCAUUAUUUUAUCAUUAGUCUUCUCAUUUUCCUCAUUUAGCUCAAUGUUAUGAUUAAUUCAUUCGUGUUACACCUGAAUGCCAGUAUCAAUGUUUAUAAUUAUCGAUUGGAAAGUGAGAAUGAAGAGUGAGAGAAUAAAUCGAGUAUUUAUAAAUAAAUAA